GUAAAACGAAAUGCGAACCGUAAGGGGACAAGGAGUUGGUUGUCGAAAGCAAGACCGGAACUUCUAUUGAAACGAAUUUCUGCAACGCUGAUGGACGUCAACAAAGUUAGAUGAGCCAUCAUGUAGCCAGCAUGAAAGGUGGUCACAGAAUAGUUUGUGAUUUUCCAUGGUGUUUUUAAUGAUCAGAUAGAAUUUUACUUCAGCUGUGUUUUCAUACUGUGUAUCAGUUGUCAUCAUGUCUAAGUCUUCGGAAGAAGUGCUGCUGAUUGUAAAAAAUGUGAAGAACAAAAAGACUGAUGGAACUUUGUACUUGAUGGGAGAGAGGAUGGCAUGGAUGCUGGAGUCGAAGAAUGUCUUCAACAUAAGUUACAUGUACGCAGACAUCAAAGCUCAGAAGAUUUCCCCAGACUCAAAAGAAAAGGUGCAACUUCAAGUGAUAUUACAUGAUGGCAGCGCAAACACCUUUCUUUUCAACAAUCCUCGUAGUCGGCAGACUCAGAUGCAAGAUCGGGAAUCUGUCAAAGAACUGUUGCAGCAACUGCUUCCAAAGUUCAAACGAAAAAUCAGUGCUGAGCUGGAAGAGAAGAACAGGCUGUUGCAGGAAGAUCCAGAGUCCUUUCAACUGUACAAGGAUCUGGUCGUGAGUGGAGUGAUCACUCCCGAGGAAUUCUGGGCUUCAAGAGCUCACAUGUUGCCAUCAUCAACUUCUUCAUCAUCAUCAUCGGGCGGUAAGACUGCUCCAGCUCAAAAUGUUGGUGUGUCACCUGCUUUUUUGGCUGACAUCAAACCAGUGACAGAUGGCGCCAAUGGUCUCAAGUACAACUUAACUCAAGACAUCAUACAGUCGAUAUUCAAAACAUAUCCAAUGGUAAAAAAGAAGCAUGCUGAAGCUGUGCCUCAUCAGGUCAGUGACUGUGAGUUCUGGAGUCGUUUCUUCCAAUCGCAUUAUUUCCACCGAGAUCGUCACGCCUUAUCAUCUGAAGAUAUUUUCACAGAGUGUGCCAAGAAUGACGAAGAAGUUAUGAAAGAUGAAAUCACAAAAAAUGUGAAUGACCCCUUGGUCGACCUCACUCAGAUGAAGGAUCAGUCACUGGAGGACGAUUACCGAGGCAUAGUAGAUGAUACAAGAACAAGCAAUAACGUGUCCAACCAAGCCAUGAUCCGGCGGUUCAACCAGCAUUCCACACUCGUCCUGCGGGCCUGCACCAGCGCCUCUACGGGAGGGGUGGCCAGCGAAAACUCUGCUGUGGAAGGUGGCAGGAAAGAGAAAGAUUCUUCCAGAAAGUCAAAGUCGAAUGAGGUGAACCAUGUCAAUGGGGGUGUGGCCCAUCCAACCAAUGGGACUUCUGACUCGGUGGAAGAACCUCACAGGAAAAAGAAACGGAUAAAGGAAAAGAUUGGAUUUGAAGAUUUGGACGAUAAAGAGGAAUCUGAAGGUGUCACUUUAAGACUGACUCAAAUGGACCGCUACCUUCACGGUCCAACCCCGUCCAGCAGCACAGCCUCCGCCUCAGUGGCCAGUCGCCUCGGUCAUGAUGAUGUCACCUCAGAGGAUGCCAUAUUGUCUGUCGCCAGCGAAGUGGAGGGUUGGGGCAGUGCGCGGCACAUGGUGCUGGGAAGUACAGAGGCCUUGUCAGUUCUAGGAGAGUUGUCACCAGGUGGCGCCCUCAUGUCUGGCACCAGUCUACAGCAGCUACAUCAACAAGUGAGCCCCGCUACCCGUGAUGAAAUCAAGCAAAACUACAACGCCAUGUGUGAAUUGUUACGACAUUUUUGGUCCUGUUUCCCUGUGUCGUCCAAGUCUCUUGAGGACAAAGUUGUGAAGAUGAGACAGACCCUGGAACGCUUUGAGAUGAGCAAGUUGGCGCCACUAAAAGAAAAGUUGUCACAAUACCAUUAUGCAAUGAAUCUGACUGGACACCUGGAGGAGAUGCUGAGGGCAGCUUACCUCAAAUUUGAUGCCUGGCAAGCGCGACGUAAUGCCCGUAGACCAUGAUUCCCACCAUCCCUUUGUCCAUACAAAGGUUUCUGUUAUCUGUUUGUUUUUUGCCAACACAAUACCAGGAGUACCACAGGCAAAGCCUUCCUAAACCGUAAGACAACAGCCGAAGCACUAGUUUCUUCCACGAGCCAGACCGCGCGACUUCCUCGGAACUGCUCUGAAAUCAGUUCACAGUGGAGAGAUGGGUGGUGUUGUCUUCUUAGGGACCCCGUCAUUGGCAGACCUUCUUAGAGCUUUAGAGAAGUGUGUGUGGUUCUCCUUGACCUUGGUCCGGCUACUGUUGUUGUAGUGGUCAGAUGAUGUAAAGUUACAAUUGCAGCCAACCGUCAUUCACUGGACCAUCAUCUUUCCAGAUUAUUCUGGAAUUCCAAAAGUUUCUUGCAUUUUGUGCUUAUUAAGUUGUUUGGAGUUUUUUUUUAAUGUAUUUUUGUAGCUCAUUGCGCUUUCUUUUUUUUUUUUGAGUGUGCGUAAUGGAAAUGUGUCCUUGGAUAAAAUCCAAUAAGGUACAGAAAUUGUGUGGAUAGUUUGAGGGUAUCACAAGUAUGUCUACUUUUUUACCCCCUCCCUCCUAGUUUCUGAAGGUCUUUUGUUUGGGGGGUGUUCUGUACGAAAUGACCACCAUCAUUUUGAUGUGCUUCUUCUUACUGACGCACACUUGUAAAUCAAAGAUCUUAGUAGAUUCGAGUGACACACUGUACUGUGAACUUGACAAGAUGAUAAAGGGUACAUUUUUGUACACAUGCAUACAUGCUCAGAUCAUGUAAAUGGUUAUAUUGCUUAUAGGCUAUAGCUCAGGUCAUGUAAAUGGUUAUAUUGCUUAUAGGCUAUAGCUCAGGUCAUGUAAAUGGUUUUAUUGCUUUUAGUUCAGGUCAUGUCAGGAUGAUGAAGGAGGGCAUAUUCGUGCAUUUUCCCUGAAUUCCAUUUUUCAUGCAGGGCUGAGAAAAAUGUUUGGUAUUUAAUUCUGUGUGGGUUUUUUUAUAGUAAGUUGGAUUGGACUCUUGUUCUCUUUAUAAGCCAACUGUGACGUUUUUGUCUCUGAGUCAAGGUGCUGUUCUGUUGUGUACAAGUGAGAAUGAUGUCCUUCUAUGGUCUUGUUAUCAAACCAGUGUCUACAUUAGGCUCCUUCCCUUCCCUGGAAAAGGCCUGAGUUUAAUGAAUUCUCCCUGAAGAAACAGUUUUAUUUAGUGUGAUAAUCAGUCCACUGGAAUGUAGUAUCUCAUUCCACCCGGGAUGGCCCUGACAGGCAGGAGGGAUGUUCCUUGUCUUCUUCGUCACCUUUAUUGUGUCAGAAGUGGGAAAUGUUUCUUAACUAACCAGGCUAUGUGAUGGUUACUUUAUUUUACUUUCACUUUUUCUUCCUGUGUUGCUGUUAAGCUUCAAGGGGAGCUGCAGUUUUCUGUGGUAGGCCAGCUCUGCAGCUUUUUCAAUUGGGAUAUCAUUUCUCAGGGCUUUCUUGACUUUCUCAAUUCCAUCUUUGGCUUGAUCCACCUCUUCCUUUCAUGUCUUGGUUAACAGUUAAAAAAUGAAGAAAGAAAAUAAUUAUCAAUUGGGUCCAGAAAGUAUUAAUAAUGAGGUAUGAAAGGCUGAAAAUUUGGUUCAGAUGAGUUAAAAGUAAAGUCCAGAAAGAGUUUUCAAUAAAGGCGGGAAAGAGGUGGAGUAAGAUCUGGAGAGGGCUAAAAAUGGAGCUCAGAAAGAGUUGAAAAUGAGGUCUGAAAAAGAUAGAACAUAGUUUUUAUGGUUUGAGAGGGAAAAUGUGUUACAUGUUAUAUAUACAUAGACAUUCACUGCCAUCAUUCUCUGAGGAGUUGUACUUUAACUGUUUGUAUGAAACUUCACAAUGUUAUUGUUGCUAAGCGAUAAGGUCCUUGUUGUGAAAAUAAAUCAUGAAAGUCUGAUUCCAUUUCAAACAUGAAAA